GGAACAAUUUACUUCCGGCUCAACUGUGGGUUGUUUUUAGUUGUCAGGUGUUGUGUUGUAAAUGUCGUUUAAGGCUUCGAUGUCUUCUACAUCAAAGCUGAAAACUAGACAAGUUGGAUUCGUUUCAGAAAGGAUUUACAAUUACUCAAAACAUUGACUUGAUCAUAGCAUAGUAAUAGUCUCCAUCAAUGUCAAAAGACAGCCGCCACGAUGGACGGCGACGUGGUGGGGCUGGCCAGCAUCGACUUGGUCCAAGAAUCGGUCAAGGAGGGGACGGGAGAGAGAGGUCUGGUAGCAACAGUUCAGGAUCUUCACAUGGAGGUGGCAAGAGUCGGAGCACACCCAUAACCAUCGCAUUGAAGGCGUCCUUUCAGCGCUCAAACAGCCAUGACAAGGUGAGAAAGAUCGUAGCAGAGGAGGGCCGUGCUGCUCGCAACUUAAUCGCCUGGAGUGUUCCUCUGGAGAACAAAGAAGAGGAAGCAAAGUCGAAGACCAACUCCAACAGCAAUCCAAGGGCUCAGAGAAUCAACUCUGGUCUACACAGAAAUAAGAAACAGAAUGUGGGAGUGGAGAGCAAGAGCGCGACAGGAGCUUUGCUGGACAAGGGAGCAGAGAAGAGUCCAACUAAAGCCAGGCAGCCUCGCAAGGUUGACCUGCGGGCACGAUACUGGGCCUUCCUCUUUGACAACCUGCGCCGGGCCGUGGAUGAGAUCUACGUCACCUGUGAAUCUGACCAGAGCGUGGUGGAGUGCAAGGAGGUGUUAAUGAUGUUGGACAACUACGUGCGAGACUUUAAAGCUCUCAUCGACUGGAUCCAGCUGCAGGAGAAGUUGGAGAAAACCGAUGCGCAGAACAGACCCACGUCAUUGGCCUGGGAAGUGCGGAAGAUGUCCCCUGGACGUCAUGUGAUGCCCAGUCCCUCCUCAGACAGGAUGGUCCCUUCUCCCAAUGCAAGGCGCUCCCUUAACUUUGGCGGUCCUCCUCCUACGCUGGCUGUGGCUCGGCUCACCCACAGCGGCCCUAGCUGGGCCGACCGGGUCAAAUCCUCCCAGUCGCUUCCUGUCCCCUGCCAAACCAACUUUUCUCCUGCAGAGAAACCAGGUAAGAAAGACGCGGAAGGGUGGGAGACCGUCCAGCGUGGUCGUCCAGCCAGGCCUCGCUCUGCUGCCAUCGUAACCAAGGUCAGCCCCGUGCUGGCCAACGUCUGCCCCAGAGACGACAGUAACAUGGUGAACCAGCCGCAGCAGCAACAACAAAAACAGCAGCAAGCUCUCCAGCCCCUCUGCCCUCCGGACAAUGACAAGAGCCAGCUACUGUCCAACCCUCAGCCAAUCUCAGAGGAGCAGGCUCCCCUGGGGGAGACUGGAGACCUGGAGAAGGGUCACAAGAUUGAGUCCCCAGCAGACAAUGUUCAAGACUCUGGACAGUGUGUCGACGCACCCUGUGACGACGUGCCUCUCCCGGUGUCAGCCCCAACUUCCUCCAAAACCCCAGAACCCACACCAGCCCCAGCCCCAACCAUAACCCUUCCUGCCCCAGCCCCGGCCCUCCCCCCAUCCCCAGACCCAGCCCAGGGCGAGGGUGUUGGCGGUGUGGAGGCCCAGGGGGGGCAGAGGGCAGAGGGGGGCGCGUCACAGGGCAUGGCUCCAUCUGCUCCAAGACAGGCUGAAACUCCCAUGGCAGCGGUGAAACCAGAGAGUGUGCUGGACCCCACAGAGCUUUCCACUCCCCAGUCCAUGGCAGAGGUCCUGGCUAAGAAGGAGGAGCUAGCGGACCGCCUGGAGAAAGCUAACGAGGAGGCCAUCGCUAGUGCCAUCGCAGAGGAGGAGCAGCUGACCCGAGAGAUCCAGGCUGAGAACAACGACCUGGAGACCGACAACGAGAGUGACUUCUCUGCAAGCAUUGGCAGUGGAAGUUGUGGACUUAAUUUGGAUUGGAGUGACAUGUUGGCUGACUAUGAUGCUCGAGAGCCCUGGCGUCAGAGCACCUCCUGGGGGGACAUCGUAGAGGAGGAGCCAGCGCGCCCCCCCGGCCACGGCAUCCACAUGCACGAGAAACUGUCCUCGCCCUCUCGCAAAAGGACCAUUGCCGAGUCCAAGAAGAAACACGAGGAGAAGCAGCUGAAAGCACAACAGCUCCGGGAAAAGCUGCAGGAGGAGAAGACCCACAAGCUCCAGAAGCUUCUGGAAAGGGAGAAGGAGGUGAGGAAGUGGAAGGAGGAGCUUUUGGACCAGCGUCGGAGGAUGAUGGACGAGAAGCUGCUCCAUGCUGAGUUCAAGCGGGAGCUCCAGCUGCAGGCCAUCGUGAAGAAGGCCCAGGAGGAGGAGGCCAAGGUGAACGAGAUAGCCUUCAUCAACACCCUGGAGGCCCAGAACAAGAGGCAUGACGUCCUGGCCAAGCUGACCGAGUACGAGCAGCGCCUCAGCGAGCUGCAGGAGGAGAGGCAGCGGAGGCAGGAGGAGAAGCAGGCCCGAGACGAGGCGGUACAGGAGCGCAAGCGGGCGCUGGAGGCGGAGCGGCAGGCACGGGUGGAGGAGCUGCUAGUGAAGAGGAAGGAGCAGGAGGCGCGCAUCGAGCAGCAGAGGCAGGAAAAGGAGAGGGCCAGGGAGGACGCAGCCCGCGAGAGGGCCAGAGACAGAGAGGAGCGUCUGGCUGCGCUGAGCGCUGCACAGCAGGAGGCCAUGGAGGAACUCCAGAAGAAGAUCCAGAUGAAGCAUGACGAGAGCAGUCGGAGGCACAUGGAGCAGAUCGAGCAGAGGAAGGAGAAGGCCGCUGAGCUCAGCAGCGGGCGACACGCCAAUACUGACUACGCGCCCAAACUGACCCCCUACGAACGCAAGAAGCACUGCUCUCUGUGCAACGUGGUGAUCACCACAGAGGUGCACCUGUUCAGCCACACCAAGGGCAAGAGACACCAGCAGGCCGUGAGGGACGGCAGCAGCAUCCAGGGACGAGAACUCUCCGAUGAGGAAGUGGAGCAUCUCUCCUUGAAGAAGUACAUAGUGGACAUCGUGACGGACAGCUCUGUGUCCUCGGAGAGUGCCAAGGACGGAGAGGAGAGGCAGAAAGCACGCAAGAAGGCUAAGAAGCUCAGAGCACGCAUGAACUCUAGGGCAAAGGAGUAUGAAACAUCAAUGGAGGCAAAGACCCAGGUCCCUGACUCUCCAUACAAGGCCAAACUCCAGCGACUGGUGAAGGACUUGGGCAAGCAGCUCCAGGGGCAGGACAGUGGACAGUGGGCCAACAACAAAGUGUCCAGCCUGGACAGAACCCUUGGGGAGAUCUCCCGCAUCCUGGAGAAACAGGCCUGUCGGCCACCCAGGCAGAGCCCCACAGGUCGCAGGGGGCUGGCCCAGGAUCAGGUUUACGCCAGUGACUUUUUAGCUGAGAUGGUCGAUGGCUUUUCUUUCUUUUUCACCGGUGAACCACGGGACAGCUCCAGUGUGCUGGUCGGCUGCCCAGAGAGCACAGUUUGGCUGGCGUCUUAUGUUACCUCAGCCUGUGGCUUCAGCCUUAGUCUAAACCCCAGCCCCAGCAGCCCCAGCAGCCCCAGCAGCCCCGGGGCCUCUGAGGAGCUGUUGAGAGGAACGGUCUUAUCUCUCCCAGAGGAAACGUGCAUGAACUGGGGGCUACAACCAGACAAAAACAGUGUCCUGAGCCGUUUUACCAGCUUGACUUGUGAUGAAUCUUCUGCCUUGUCCCGUUGUCUCUGUGUCUGUCGCCCCAGGUCCCUCUGCGCUGCUGUAAACAUCUAUAACCUGGCCUGCUCACACUGUCACCACAACUGCUUCUACGUUCUCUUCAGUAACAAGAUAGCCCUGCUGAUGGACCUGCUGCUGCAUCAGCUCACGCUCUAUGUGCCAGAUGAGGACAAGUCCAUCUUUGGGCGCAGCGUGAACAAGCAGGUGUUUGACGGUCUGACCAGCGGCCUGCUGCAGACCUGUGCCACCGUCCUGGGGCUCCUCAGGCCCCAGGCCCCCGAGUGUGGCCGAGGGGAGGCCCUUCGUAUCUGCUCCCCCGACACGAAGACCAAGAGCUUGGCCGCAGAACCCUUCCACACCCGGGCACAGGACCUAAUCAGCUACGUGGUCAACAUGGGUUUGAUUGACAAGCUGUACGGCUGCUUCUUGUCGGUCCAAGGCCCGGUGGACGAGAGUCCCAAGAUGUCUGCCUUCCUCCAGCAGGCCUCCGCUCUGCUGCACGGCAUGUGUAAGCUGUGCUUUGCUGUCACCGGCCGCUCCCCCAGUAUAUUCGACAACAAGCGCCAGGACUCUACAGGCCUAACAUCCCUGCUCCAGUCUACAGACCUGGUAGGGGUGGUCCACACCCUGUACUGCAUCCUGCUCCACAGCUCCCUUCCCGAGCCUGCCGCACAGAGCCCCCAGGAGCCCUAUGCCGCUGGGGUCAUCCAGGUGGCCUUACAGGGCCUCCGCUUCCUCAACAGCUUCGCCCUGCUCGACCUCUCAGCCUUCCAGUCUGUUCUAGGGGCGGAGGGGCUCUCGCUGGCUUUCCGUCACAUUGUCAGCUCCCUGCUCUGGUACUGCUCCCAGCACUCCGCAGACGAGCUGCUGCAUGAGCUCAUCAUCUCCGUGGGCUACUUCACCGUCAACCACCCCGACAACCAGGUGAUAGUGCAGUCUGGCCGUCAGCCCAGCGUGCUGCAGAAACUGUGUCAGCUGCCCUUUCAGUACUUCAGCCACCCGCGCCUCAUCAAAGUUCUCUUCCCUUCCCUCAUCUCGGCUUGCUACAACAACUCCCAGAACAAGGUCAUCCUGCAGCAGGAGAUGAGCUGUGUGCUGCUGGCCACCUUCAUACAGGACUGUGCCUCAAUUGAGAACCAAGCAGACAAUAAAGCUGUUCAAGGAGAGAAAGUUUCUCAACCGCUGGAUUACUGCGAGCUGUCCAACCGCUUUCCCAGAGACCAGUGGGACUCAGCACUGCAGUUCUUCCUGAAGAAGCAGGAGGACUAAUCCAGAGGCACACUCCUCACCAACGCAGACAAGCUCAGUGAAAAACCCUACAAAACAGACAAGAGACUUCCCGUUCUAACCCACUUGCUUUUACGUUUAGAUUUUGAUUUGAAGUCAGCAUAAAUAAAGAAUGCAGUCUCUAAGCGUUGCCAAGACUCUUGAAAUACCAGCACCCAUGGGCCAAAUUCGAAGAUGAGAUACAAGUGUGAAUUUUGUGUAAGUCACACAAUGAUAUCAAUAGAAGAUUUGCACAAAGUUUGCACAACAAUGUUUGAGUUAUGUGUGUAUUUCUCCUUUUCAUAGUGCCAUCAAGUCAGGCAAAGAUUUUGUUUAAGUGCCCACACUACAGAAAUCAUAUAUAUAUAUACCUUUAUGUUACACAGUACUGUUAGACAAGUGAAGUUUCAGAGCAGUCAAUUUAGAAACACUGAAUAUUAUGAUUAUUACCUAACGUGUUCAUCAGUAAUGUAUAACGGUCCUUGUUCAUUUGUUUAUUGACAUUCAGUUAAGAUGUGAUUGACCCGACCAGAAUGUUUUCCCUAUAUUUACCAGGCUUGGACCUGUUUUGUACUACAGUAUGUAAGUUACAUAGCCUGGUUGUUUACUCCACUUUAAGUUUUACUUUAAAUAGAAUUGCUUCUGUUUUACAAUUCCCUGUGAUACUUGUUUUCUCCAUGUUGUGAAGCACUUCCUAAAAAUAAUUUAUUUAAUAAUUAACAUUUCUUUCUAUCACGUUUAAUAAAUUAUUAUGGAUAAA